GAUAGCAGCUCUUCAGCCACCGCCAUAUUCUGAGUGAGUAUUUUGAUUCGUAUGUGCUGAAGAGAGGAAAAAGAGAAAAGAGAAGCUGUCUAGGGGAGGGGGGGCUACAGAUCAGGAGCUGUCAGAAAGCCUUUCUCGAGUCUCUGUCAGACGGAGGAGGUCCGCUCGGUUUCCCUCCCCUAACGCUGGUUGGAGUGCACAGCAGGCCCGGGGCCUCGGCUCAACUGCCUCUUCGUCUCCCUGGUAGCAGCUGGACCCCUUUCGGCUCUGCUACGAGCUCGGCGGUCCUCUGGAGGUCUGGUGGCGGUGUCGUGUGUUGUAGGCGGCCCGGGAGCGCAGAUUGAUCGGUGAGUUUCUUGUGUGAGUUCACUCGGUCUGUUAGCGGGGACAAACUGUGGUCAGGAUACAGGUUUAAAUGACUUAAUACGAGCCAAAAAAGUUAGUUAAACCUAAUGUGGGAGCGGUUGGCCUCAGUAUGUUGGGAAAAUAGAGAGUAAAGUUUUCAGAAAUGGAAAAGUUUUGUUGUCCACAGCUAAGCUAGCUGAGCUGAGUUGUCUGAAUCUGUCUUCCUGCUGAGUGAAAAAAAUCGGCCCUAGAUCCAAUAAAACACACUCUAUAACCACGGCACCGACUCUGCACUCAUAUUUCUGUCUUAAAUUAUUUAAAAAAAUAGUGUUUCUAUCGGAGCUGGACGGUGGCUGGCGCUACAUGUUUGCUAGCUCAUGUCAGGCUACUUUUUCCAUUGAGCUCUUUGAAACGACGCGAAUCAGCCGUGGAUGGAAAUGUUCAAUCAUCAAACUGUGGCUCAAUUAGUCUAUCAGCCCGACUAUUUGGCCUUUAACAAACUUUGAAAAAGAGCAGUUUAACAUGAACUAACUGCUACCAACAGCCAAGCCCCAGAUAUAUCAUGUACACAGUCUUUGUAGAAGUUUCUGUGGUGUCCUAGCAAGUAAGCUAGGCUCUGUGUUUCUACUCUGCUACCAGGGGCGCGUCCAAGACAGGCGGCCGGUGUGUGUGUGUUGGGGUGGGGGGUGGGGUGUACCUGCCUACUCUGAAAUCCUUCCGUAUGGUAAGCUACUUGCCUAGUCGAAGGUGGGACUUGGUUUUCAAAUAAUUCUUUGUAUUUCAAUGCAACACAAUUUCUGUAGUUGGUAUUUUUAAAAUGAUAAAGUUAUGAGGCAGAUUUAUUUCAUCAGGUGGGAUUGCAGGAAAGGAAUUGGUCUCCUUGAUUGGAACAGGGAGCUGUGAGAAACUGCUGGUUUGUCAGUAAAAACUUGUUUAUAUCAUUGUUUUUGUACCGAGCCCUUAAGGUGCCAGACAGAAAAAAAGCUGUGCACAUGCAUUGGAAAAAUGUGCACGCAAAUUAUUAUCCAUACCCACCAAUUUGCAUUUAUUUAUUUUUUGCUUUAUCUAUAUGUUUUACCUAGCCAUAGGAUACAGGGUUACCAACUGAAGCUGAGGCUAUUGACUUGGCUCACCCACCACAUACACAGUUGAAGCUGCCUUUCAUGACACCCAAUACCGGGUUAGAGCACUAACCUGAAGGAGUAUGGAGUAAAAUCCAGGCCAAAAGUUUUGUUAAUCUGAAAAAAAGAGUACAUAGAAAAAAUAAAAUUUGAAGCAGAACCAAAAAUAAGUGUGUGAAAGUUCUUUCAAGUUAAAGUUUUGAUGCAGCUCAGGAACUCUUUUGAUCAAAUCUUUUUUUUUUUUUUUUCAUUUUUCACUCUUAAAUACUUUUCUUGAAGGCAACAUAACCAGGGAAGGCCCUGAGUGUUCUUUGCUAUGCUGUCACUCAUAAUCCCACGCCCUUAACAGUCGAUGCCAUGUCCCCCACUUUAGAACAUGGGCAAAAGUUUGAAACUGAAAAAAUAUGAUCUGAAAGUGAAAAAAGUUUUGAAGUCUCAACCCAAAAACAUGUUUUAAAUCUAAAAAAGGAUCCUAGUCUAAAAAAAUUAAACCCACAACCAAAAAAAUAAGACUUAAAUUAAAAAAAAAAAAAUCUUUAAAAGUGAAAAAUGAAAAAAGUGUGAUCAAAAGAAUUCCUGAGCCAAACCAUAACUUUAAGUAAGUUUAAAAAAAACUUCCAUAGUCAUAUUUUUAUUUCGGUUUCAAAUUUAACUUUUUCAACCAUAAUUUUGUUUUUAUCAAAAUAACAUCCUUCGGUCUGGAUUUAGCUCUUGUAAAGGAGAGUGUCACACCAGCACUCAGGCGAUUUAUUUAUUUUUUUUCUUAAUACCGCUACAUUUAGAAUAACUUCUCCUUCUGCAUCUGAAAGUAUUUUCUUGCUCCUCCUCUCUCUUCAUUCCCCUGCAGUCUACAGGAAACACGUCCACACCUCCAGAUAUGGUGUCAUCAUUGGCUAUUCAUGGCAAAGAUUUAUGCGGAUUAGUGGCAAUUGGGAGCACUCUGUUACUUUACAAUCGUUUGGCAUUCAUGAACUAUCAUUAACUUACACACGUCUACAAUCAAAUCAGGGUUUUCCACUGUAUUUAUGACUUACGAGUAGUUUUUCAGUCGCAGAAACAUUUAACCAUUAAUUUACUAGCUUGCAUCAAAUUCAAAACUCUAAUCAUUACAGUCACCAAAACUGCUCCUGUUUACCUGGAAUCCCUCAUCUAGGCCUACACUCAUUCUCUCCCAUUGUACUCGGCCAGCUAAAGGCGCCUGAUGCUUCCAGUUUCAAACUCACAAACUGUAAUAAACACACAAUUAUUAAACAUGACAACAGAUUUCAGAGCAGCAUUAAUCAUGUAUCAACAUGACAUUGUUUAACAUUUGUAAUUGACUGGGAGCUAAAUCACUGUGGAGAUAAUUGACCAUAAUACACACCCCAAACAGUUAAAAUAACUCUGUGAACUCUGACUGUGGUACACAGACUCUCUCGAGUCUGUGACAGCUGUCUUACAUAAAGGACCUUCAGCAUUAUGGCUGGUGUUUGAGGUUUGAUCCCUGUAUUAGUCAGGGUUUGAAAAUCAUCACAGUUAGUUUAUGUCAGUAAAUAAUGAAGCUUCCUGUGUUGUAGUCAGAUUCCUUGUAUAUGCACCCAUGCUUGGCCAAUAAAGCUGAUUCUGGUUCUGAUAACUUUAUAACUGAGUAUACAUAAAUGUUUGAUGGUUUUCUGCAGCAAAGAGGAAACUCAUUCUGUGAUAACAUCAUCUCUAAUUACUGUACCUGGAUAGGUGUGAAGGGACCCAUAUAUUUAGGCCUAAUAUUAUGUAGAUGUUAAUUACUGUUUACUGUUAAAUCCAUUAGUGAAGGUGUUUCUGACACUGUUUUUCUGGUGUGACAAUAACUCACCACUGAGCAGGGAAAUCAUAAAGUGUAGGCAAGCCCCUCCCAAGUGGUUAAUGUCUGGUUAUAAACUCUAUUUGUAACCUAAUAUUAGAGAUGGGCACAAGUCACUUUUUACAAGUCCAAGUCAAGACUUGAGUCUUUGGCAAUGAGUCCAGCCAAGCCCUACAUAGUGUCUGUAAAUAACAACAAAAAACCCACUCUCCUCCAGCAACCGCUUAUUUGUGGGGGAGCUCUGACGAGUCAAUCACUGAGUGCAGCGAAUCAUUUCCUUGAAGUAAUAAUCCUCAUAAUAAUUGUUUUACCCUGCAGACAUGGUAGUUCUUCUGCCUUAGUGUCUCGGUCUGAUUGUAUUUCCAUGAAGUAAUAAUCAUAAAUGUUUUUCCUUGAGCUGCGAAACUCCACUGCAGUCGGUGAUCGAUUCGUUAGGGAUCCCCCACAAACAAGCAGCUGCUGGAAGAGAGUGGGUGAAUUGUGUUUAGUCUCUUUGUUAAAGAAACCAGGCAAAGCUAGAAAGAUGUUUGAUGGCUAGUACUAUGGCUGGGACCCUAUAUGUACUGUUGAUGUAGUUAGGUGCUGUUCCGAGCAUUAUUUGUGGCUAUAGAGUGGCUUUUUGGUUGAGCGCGUGGAGAGGUAGACCGCUGUGUAUAGUUAUACCAACUUUAGUUAAUAUACGAUAGCAAGAGGAGCAAGCAGUCGGCAACAUUCAUCUCUUGAAGGGGUGUCUAACUUGGUGUUAUGGUGUGAUUGACCCUAACUUAAAUUUACGCUGAUGUCCCUUAAAAUGAUAAGGGGUGUCUCCUUCAAAACUGAUUUUUUGAGAGGGACACUCCUUAGAUUAGAUCGCCAUCAACAACAUACACAGAGGUAAGGAGUGAGUGGUGAUUGUUCACUUAGAGAUUGUAGAAGUCUCAUAGGGGAUAAAACAAUGACUCAAUAAUAUACAGCUAAAACUUUGUUAUCCUUUAGUGGCCCUUCUAGUUUGAAUCUAUGUGUAGAAACACUUUGUCUUUGCAGCAGCAGGUGAUGUGAUAAGGCCGUUCAGCCACUAGAAUAAACACAUGACAGGAAGGAACAAUACUGAGCUCCUGAUGUUAUUGAGACAAAUACAAAAUAUUAAAAUUAUCCACAAGUCCAAAAGCUCAAGCCUGAGUGGUGCCUCAUAUUUUAGGGACAAGUCCCUCCCCCUGUUGUUGUUGUUGUUGUGCUUGUUGUUUAUGUUGUUGUUGCCAUUGUGGUAGAUUUUGUUGUUGCUUUUAUUGUUGCAGUUGUGCCAGUUUUUGUUCUUGUCUGUUGUUGGUUCUUUUUUAAUGUUCUUGUCGAUGGAUAUUUCUCCUGAGAGGCUGUACUCAGUCUUGGUUGGAAGUUAUUUCCCCGUAGUUGGUGUGACAGAAAGAGUGAGCUAUGAUGUUGCUGCUAUUCAGAGUGAUAAAUUUGUGCAAUUCUUCUCAUUGGUUGUUUUCUGACAGAUAAAAUCUCCAUGAUUCCAAACAAAUUAAACAUGUCUACAAAUGUUUGAUGAGCAGAAUUUGAUUUUCUGCUGCAGUGUGUGAUAUGGUUACUUAAACUGUUUGUGUUGAUCUGUGCAGAGUAACCUCUUUAUGUGUGUGAUGGAGCUGUGUUUCUCUGUCAGAUGUCAUGAAAGCUUAUUAGAGGUCAACCCCUUAUAGCUGAUAUAGAUUAUGAAAAAGCAUGUUAGCUGAUGGUCAACAGUGUUUCCCCUACCAUGUUAUAAGGGGUAUAAGUUAAUUGUAUUUCCUUUUAAUUUCCAUGUAGCACCAGAUUACAAUAGAAGUCAUUUAAGGACACCUUUCCUAUAGAAAAGGCCUAUACCUUGUCUUUUUAUUUAACAAACUAAAAUGCUUUAUGUUAUUUUGAUCAUAGUUACCUGAUAGCAUGUGAAUUCUGUCUCUGUAUGGUCACACAUUUACAAUUCUCCUCUGUUCUCCGUAUCAGAGUUUUGGCCUGAUGUGCACAUACACGUUAUUUUUAUUUUUUUAAAAUCAUAAUAACAAAUGAGAAAUUUUAAUGAUUUAAUUUCUGAUCAGGUCUCAAUCAGACCCUCUGUCGGGAUAAUAUAUGCCUGGAUAGUAAGCUGCAAUUUACUGCUUUUGUUGUCGUUUUCUACUAAAAUAACAGAAGUUCAUAAAUUAGUUAAAAGGUAUAUGCAGCUCAUGUCUUCUUACUUGGUCUUGUAAAAGUCACACAUCAUCUGAUUUACAUGCUCUGCUGUUAAAGGACGUGCAUGUCUUAAAGCAUGCAUCAAGGCAAUGCUGCUGUGACUUUCACACGACAGUUUGAGAUUAACAAUGUCGACACCAAGCUUUAAGAGCAAGGAUGAAAUGAUUAAACUUUAUGCUGCUCGCUACCUUUAUUUUUUCCCUUUAGUUAUUUCUGUUUUUUCAAAACCUUAGAUUACAACAUCAACUGAACUGGAUCACUUUCAGUUGGAGGUAGAGAAACUACUCUGUUGAGCAGUGAGACUGAACAGUGGCAUGAUGGGACAAACAUCAGCGCUCUCAGCUCAUCAGUGCUGCAAAAUGUACAGCAGUCAUAUCAAGCUCUAAAUCCACUUUACUGUCACAAACUCUGCUGUACAGCUCCAUAGUGUCGGACGUGAGUGUCGGGAUGGGUCCUCUCUGACAUGGCAGUCUAAGAUGGUGAAUUUAACCACCAUUUGAUAAUCUGUCAGGAUACUUGCCCUUUCUUUUUAGUCCACAGUUACUUGCUUCAAUGCAGCGGCCUUUUCCGCUGGCGCUCUUGUAAACGUGUCAUAAAUUGUUCCAUUUUCAGAUGUGGUAUUUAAUUGGUAGCAUUAAAUAAUGACAUUGGCCUUGUGAAGCCAAUGUGGAUAUGAUGCCAGUUACUAAAAAUGACAACAAUUAGUCCAGUUAAUUAGCCAAUCAGUUGGUCUUUUGAGACUUUACAUCAAUACUAACCAAUGCUGACUCUUUGUCAUAAGCUUGCCUCCAAUCAAUGUAAGGUAAUAUAGAGAGGUGACUAAAAGGAUUUUUAGUUUAUAUCACUGUGGAAAUCAGAAUUCAGCUCUCUGUGGUUUUUAUUAGAGCUGCUGUCUAAAGCCUAAAACCCACAGGAUGCGUGCUGGGUGCGUUUCGUCAGCGUCACAUGCUACGCAGUAAAUAAAUAUGUUCCCAUUUUAAUCAAUGCAGUAUCGCACACAGGAAGUGUCACAGCAUGUCUCAGUUCCUUCCUAGAAACAUCUCCAUGCACUGCUCUGCUAAAGACCUGCGCUGAGUUUAUUUUCAACGGUGCACACGCCGAGCAUGCGUCAAUCUCAACAGAGAACAUUGUUCUCGGCAGGAUGUCAAGCAUGGGAGAGGCGCGUGUCAUUCAGUAAAUUUCAAAAUAAGACACCGCAUGUGGACUCCUGACUGUAUUUCAGAUCAUAUAGAUGAGAAAUAUUUUCUAGUUAUGGAUUUAUCAAUAACACAGAACAACCUCAGGGCAAAUCCCUUAACCAUGUGGACCACAACAGGACUUUUAGCUGCUAACUCUGUCUGAAGGUAGCAGCACAGCAUAAAGGAAAAUAGUUGACUUUAAUUAUCUUGAGUAAACCUGAUAAAGUCCAAACUUUGAAAUUACAUUGCUUGUCUUAUCAAAGAGAAGAAAGCACAACGGUCACAGAAUAAUAUCCAAUUGCAAUAUGGCAAUUUAUACAAUUUUUUUCAACUGUUUAGCCAAUUUAGCAUUUUCCCAUUAUGUUUGUCUUAUUUACACAGUAUUUUAUUUUCAUGUGGCACAUCUUGCAAACCUUAUGUGUCAGGUCCAUCUCAUUUGUGCCGUGCUUGCAUUCCUAAUGUCCUUCCCCAGGUGCUGCCAUGUUUGUUGUACUUUCUCCUUUUCUCCUGCUCUAUGAUGUCACCUCAACUGACCUCACUGGACAAACAGUCAAUUUUAUUUUUCCAUUUCCAUUGACCUGAGUUCGUUUUAGCCAUUGAUUUAAUUAGAUUUUUAAAGCUAUAAUGAAAAUAAAAUAUUGCACAUGUUUACAUUAGAAAAAAUACAUCAGGAGUAAAACUGUAUGUACGAAAAGUCACUGCAUAGAUAAGUGAAUCUGAGAAUAUAGCAGGAGGGGGUUUACAGUGCUUCUAACAAUUUUAAACAUUAGUGUUUGUUAUGAUGUGGCUAUCACAGACCUCAGAAGUGACUCAAAGCCGAGCUGCUGAGCUGUUUCAGCUUAGUCAUGCUUGACUGUUUAUAAUUUUUAAUCUGCUGAGGUCUCAUCCUCUCCACAAACAGACAAUCUGAUCACCAGUGCUGAUCGUCCAGGUUCUGGAUAUGAUGUUCUUCAACCUUCACCUUCUACCUCCUUUCAGUCAGAAAGCUGGAGAUCCACGAACAGGCAGGGGCUGGUACAGGAAUCUGGCAGAAGCCUUAAAAAACUUAAACUGAAAAAACUGUAAUGAACUGUGAUGAACUAAAACAAAGCAAAUAAAACUUCAACUUCAAUGAACUAAAUGAUCUUUAAAAAAAACAAUUAUCUUUGUGUAACAAUUAACUUCAAUAAACUUGAACAAACUUAAACUUAAAAUUAAGUUGAAUUUAGUAUAAUAAACUUUGAUAAACAGUGAUUAACCAGAAUAAAGUCAAUUAAACUCAAAUCAACUUUUAUAAAUUGACUCUAAACUAAAAUGUGGUUUGCUUCUGCUCUUACAUACUCCUACUCCUACUGUCUGCAUUCAUCAAUAUGGCUGACAGGUACGGCCAUGUUUUAUGAUCAGGUGACUGUGCUGAGGUUUGCAGGCUGUUUCUGUUGAGUGCUCUGAAUCAGCUGAGUGAAUCUGCAGCCCUGUCAGAGGGUAAACUCAGCCCCUGUCUGCUUGUAAACAGUUCUGAUCUAACCUGUCAGACAGCAAAUCAGUCAUAAGCAGACUCGGCCUGUUCUGACUUGCAGUCAGUGCUAUAAUUCCUGACCAAUAAGCUGCCACAGUCGCCUGUUUAUAGGUGCAGAGCCCUAACAGAAACCAUGUGUGCUAAGGCUGGGCAAACAUGCUGCAAGAGAGCUUUGCAAGUCUACAGCUCCUCAUUGAGAGUUGGAGCUGUAAGAAACCAGGGCGCUCUGUGUGAAAGACAUCCAUUGUCCAGACUAGCAGGAUCAACUGACAGACGGACAUUGGGUGUUUGUUGAUAGACAGACUCUGGAUGUUAGUUGACAAAGAGCAGGCUCUGGGGCCUGUUGCACAAAACUAGUAUGAGGAAUUAAGUUGGGUUAUCUUGGUUGGGUCAAUUUAUCCGUGAUCCAGUUGCACUAAAGCAGGAUAGUGGAAAGCGGGAUAUGUUACGGCAUAAGUUACCAUGGAGAUUUACCCUGUGGAGCUAGACUGCUCCAGACCAGGCUUAGAUCCAGGAUCUAUUUAAUCUCAUCCCUCAUCUUAGUCAGCGGUCACCCCAAAUGGAAACCAAUAGUUAUGCCACUGCCAACUUCAAAAUGUUAUCACAUUCAACUAGACCCACUGUCCUUAUCUAAACAUUUGUGAUGUGAAGUUUUGAUAACUUUAGAGGUUCUUAACUUUUUUUAGGUACUAAACUUUCUGCAGUACCAGCUUCUGUCAAACCUGAGACCAUCGUGCAACAGAGUGCAGCGUUGACCUCUUCCUGCUCUGCUCUGUUCUCCUCUUGUAAGCCACGUGACCAAUCAAAUCGCAGCCUUUGUGGUUAGAAAAUCUCUUUUCAUCAUAUCACCAUAUUAUUGUAAAUGCAAAUAAUCGUUCAGCCUCACUACAGACUGUGGAUGCUUCUUGACAAACACUUUAUAUACUUGUUUACAGACAGAGAAUGGUUGCCUGUUGAUGGGGUGGCAGACUUGGGAUGCUUGUUGACAGACACUUGUUGCUUCUUGACUGACGGACCGACAUUAGAGGCUUGUUGACUGGCAGACUGAAUGAUUGUUGAAAAUCAGACUCAUGAUGCUAGAUGACAGACAGGCACUAGAUGGUUGUUGACAAACUUACUGACUGUAGAUGCUUGUUGACAGAUGUAGAGGCACUGGAUGCAUGUUGACAGGUGGGCAGACUCUAGAUGCUUGUAGAAAGACAUACUCUGUCUGCCUUUCCACUGACAGAUGCUGGAUGCUUGUUAACUGAACAACAGAUUAUGGAGGUGGGGUGACAGACAGACUUUGGAUGCUUGUUGACAGGUGGACAGACUCUGGAUGAAAUUUGACAGAGAGACACUAGAUUAAAUUUGACAGACAGACUUUUGAUGCUUGUUCACGGGUAGACAGACUCUGGAGGAAAUUUGACAGACAGACUCUGGAUGCAUCUUUAACAGAGUCUGACAGCCAUGCUUAAUGACAGAAACUCUAUGCUUGUUAACAGCAGACAAUGGCUACCUUUUGACAGAGUGACAGGCAGACUCUGGAUGCAUGUCAAAAGACAGACUCUGGAAGGUAGAUUAUAGACAGGCUUUUGAUGCUAAUUGACACACAGACUCUGUCCGAAAGCCUGUUUACAGAUAGACUCUGGGUGCUUGUAAGAAGACGGUCAGACAUUUAAUUCUUCUUAACAACAAAACUAUAUACACAGACUGACAGCGAUUGCUUGUUUACAGACAGACUGCUUGUUGAAAGAUAUUCACUUGAUGCUUGUUGUCUGGCACAGACUCUGGAUGCUUUUUGACAGACAGGCCAAAGCUGUGGAUGCGUGUGGAUGGACUGACUCUGGAUGUCUGCUGAUGAACUCUCACUGUCUAUUGACAGAGUCUAAAUGCUUCUUUGUAGACAGACUCUGGAUGCUUGUAAAAAGACUGUCAGACACUUGAUGCUUUUUGGCAACAAGACUAGAUGUUUGUGACGGAUGGACAGACAUUAGAUGCUUGUUGACAGACUUUGGAUGAAUUUUGACAGACAGUCUUUGGAUUCUUAUCUCCAGGCCCACUCUGGGUGCUUGGUGACAAACAAAAAGGCAAACUCUUGAUACUUCUUGAUAGACAGACACUGGAUGUUUGUUCAAAGUAUGUCUGCAAAUCGUUCUUGACAGAUUGAUUCUGGAUGCUAGAAUAUUCAGACUCUUGAUGCUUUUUUACAGACAGCCUGAAUCUCCAUGCUCGUGGACAGACAGACUGACAAUAAAUGUUUGUUAAAACACAGACUCUGGAUGCCGGUCUACAGACAGACAGACUCUGGCUGUUUGUAAGUAGACUGUGAAUUCUUGUUGACUGUUCUAACUGAAGUUGGAACACUAUUUUUUUUUCUUCGUUGUCUUACAGAUGCAUUUUUUCAGUCUAUGCACAUGCCGUAUAUACAGAUGUGUCUUUAGUUAGGGUACAGUCUGUAUGAGGUGUCUUUGCAGGUGACCAGUCUAGGUAUUAUCCAGAGUGUUUUUUUGGUGUUGGACACUCUUUCUGUCGUAAUAGUUCACAAAUCAAGCUGCUGUGUUGGCACACUGCUGUACCUCACCCAGCAGGUAGAGCAGUUUUUGCUCAUCGGUCAGGGAGUUGAAUUCUGUCUGGGUGUUGGUGAUCAGAGCGAAGUAUGUAUCUCUGAUGUCCUAGCACAGUUGGCAGCUGGUAAAGAAGAGUAGCUCUGUCUCCACCGCCUGCUGGGUGCAGUGAGUGCAGAGCAAGUCUACUUUAAGAAGCCGAGUCUAGCUGUGGUGUCCCCUCUCAAUGGCCAGGCUGUGCUCACUGAGUCUGUACGUAGUCAAAGAUUUCCUCAGUUUUGGAUCAGUCACAGCGCUCAGGUAUUCUGCCACUGUGAAAUCUCCAUUCAAGAGCAGAUAACACCCAGUUUACUCUGGUUCUUGGUUGAUUCUUUUUGUUGAGUUAGGUACUUUUCUUUUCAUUUGUUUUAUGAAUUGGUUCAGUCUAAAUGAGUGAAAGUUUGUGGCUGGAGUCCCAGGACUAGCUGUCUGGGGGGACAGCUCUCAACAGCCACCCUGGAGGUGAGGGUUGUGUUGUUGAGCGUAUCUGGCUUGCUUUAUUUUGAAUGGUUAAAAAACUUAAACGCUCUCUUUUAAAAUUUAUCAGGAAGUAAAAAUCAUCUUAAUUCUGAUCUGAAUUCAUCAUUUGGUGUCUUGUGUUGGACACGGAGGAUGGAUUUUCAGAAUUGUGCGUGCCUGAGUCUCAAUUUGGUGUUUGCCCCACUCGAGACGCCGAAGAGCUGGACAGUAAGUUACACAUAAUUUGUCCUCGGGGUCAAAUAUCUGAAAGGCACAUGAUUUCGUUGCACCCUUUUUGGGGGAUACAGCAUGACCAUGCAUGCUGAUUAAUAGGUACUCGAGUUAUGAUACUUGCAAAAUAUGUGACUGUGAAUAUGAGGUUUGUCUGCAACAAGCAGUAGAUGACACCAGGGCUGGAGGGCUUUCACCACAUCCUCUGCAACAGUAAUGCCAGCCUCUGUCAAGGUGCAGAGAUCACUUUCCUCUCUGCACUUAAGGUGACAACAAAGCUGCUGAGAUGGCUGGAGUGCUCUAGCAUUGCCAGUGCUAGGGACGGAUGAUAUGGGCAAAAGAUUUUAUCACAAGAAGAUCUGCCAUUCUGGUGAUAACGAUAAAAGUCCCGAUAAAAAAUAUUACAAUUCCAAUCUAUAUUUUUGACUAAUUUUGCCUUGAGAACAGCAGUUGGAAUAGUCAAAUAAGAUACUUAACCACAAGUACAAGUAGUAGGCUAUGGAGAAAACUAAAGACAUCAAACAAGUCUGAAAUGUGAAAAUAUUUUCAACAUGUGUUAAAACUCUUUUUGCACAGAGUGAACAGAAGCAGCAGAUCCACAGUCAAAUGUCAGGCAUACCUGAUUUCACUCAUCUAAACCCCAGUCUUGAAGGAAAUCCCUCAUGUGGAGCCUCGUUCAGUAGCGAGCUGCUCAGAAACGUCUUCUUCGCCACCUUCACCAUGUUUGUUUGUUAUUCUGAUCUGUGUGGGCUACAGCUGCGAGUCUGUCGCUCGCGCUUACGUCGUCAACUUGCAUUUAUCGCGUUUAUCAUGAGAUGGCAAGUAUUUAUCAUGGAGGAUUAUUCUGACGAUAUACGGUGAAUGAUAAUUUAUCGCCCAUCCUUAUCCAGUGUUCUAUCCCAUCUGCUCACUACGUCAGUCGUGAUGUGAGGCAAGUCCAGCUGUGGACUGGGAUAGAUAGAUUUUCAGGACUUUAUGAAUUAAUAUCUUAUCAUUAAAGUGAGAAUCAUUUUCAAUCAAACUAUUGAUUUUUAUGACACAGCUCUAGUAUAUAAUGCAUGCUUUAACUUUUACACACUCCCUCUCCCUCAAUUCAAACUAUUCAAUUCUCAUACAAUUUCAAAUGUCUACCGCUCUGGCUCUGUUUUUCUGUUUUUUUCUGUUUAAGUAAAUACUUAAAAAAGGGAGUUUUUUGUAGAUGUGCUCCUUGUGUAUCAUAUCACAAUGCUAGUAGUAUUGAUUAUUUGAAAUCUCUGAGGAAUAUCAUCAUAAUGUUCACAGUCGCCUUCCAUACAAAAUUUCAUAGUGUGAAUCUUCUGCCUCUCAGAGAUUGUAGGACCAGAAUCAGCAGAACAAAUGUGACGAUGUAUAUAAAUCGUCUCUUCACUACGUUAAACUCUAGAAAACCAGAUUGAACCUUCAUAUUGAUGAAUGUGUACUUUAAAGUCAGCGCUGUGGCUGCAGGAACCUUGGCUGUCCAUCAGAUUAAAGACAGGAAGUGGAACCUCAUAUCUCUGAGGUGGUUAAGUCCACCUCCCUCUUCUCUCCCCCUCUCCCACCCUGCAUGCUGCCCUUUGGCCUCCCAAACCCACUACCCUGCUUCAGCUCCUAGUUGAGGAUGUCAUAAUAGACCCACUCAGCUGUGCUAUCCCACAGAGGAAUGUGCUGUUGGAGUUCUGCUGUGUGUGUGUGUGUGCGUGUGUGUGUGUGUGUGUGUGUGUGUGUGUGUGUGUGUGUGUGUGUGUGUGUGUGUGUGUGUGUGUGUGUGUGUGUGUGUGUGUGUGUGUGUGUGCGUGUGUGUGUGGGGGGCAACCUCCAGGGCACACCUGUUGUUGUCAGUCUGAGCAGAAUCAGCUCUGUGUCCCACCCUCCCAUCAUUUGCAGGCACCUUAUUACCCGGCCAACAAGGGCUGAUGGGAAAUUUGCAAUCAUCAUAUUAAUUUACCUCAUCCUGUUCCUACGGUGCCCACAUAGAGAUCAGCCUGAGGUGGAGAAAAACUCACAUUCAUGAAUACUUGGACUGAAAUUGAUAUCAGGAGGAUUAUUAGAAAUAACAUCUGCAUCACCCGCAUUCAUGCAACCUAGAACCUCUUUAAACAUUAAAAGCUUUAAAAAAAAAAACAAUAACUGGGAAAAUAAUGGUUAGCCUACUUUUUUUAGACGAAAGCAUUUCUGCCUAAUUUGAUGGUUUUCUUUUUUUUUAUCAUCUUAGAGUAUGCAUCAAAAACACUAGACCAAAAAGUGGUCAGUUGAGGACAGGACCGAAACAUGUGGCAUGUGACAGCGAGGGCAUGUGGGGUCUGCAUUAAGGUUUAUGCUUGCCAGCCUAACCCUGGUAAGGUGUACUCUCAGAAUAGUGUUGGGCGGUAUUAUGGUAUAUACCGUUUGACGGUAUUACAGUGUUGACUGGUAGAAAUUUUCCUGUACCGUUUAUACCGGAGAGAGAGAGCAGAGGUCUGCUGCAUCUCUAAGUCAGUGUGUAGCUGUCUGCGCUCACUACCAGGAAAGCUGGAGCGUGUCCGUUUGGGUGCAUUUCCGUAUAUUCACCAGUGUGUCAUGCAGUUAGUUAGCUGGUCAGGUUUGGGUGCGCUCCCCAUAGUCACCAGCAUGUCCAGCAAACUGCUUGGCAUAGUUUUGACGAAGAAGAAACAGCUUCACUGACAGCGGUCAUCAUGGUGGACGUGGUGAGUUAGUGGCAGUGCCGAGCAAACGGAGGCAGCCUGACCCACCCAACAUGAUCCCGAAAAAAGAUAACCGUGUGAAUUUUUUUCUCUUCAUUUCUGCCAAAAACUUUUUGUCGGGCGGUGUAGUCAGCACAGUGCAGUGAAUAUUGAUUUCAAUUAAACUAUGAAAACUUUGUAAAUAUGAAAACUAUGAAAUUUUCAAUUGCUUUGGCUCAGUCCUACAUUAACACAGUUAACAAGCUUAACUGUCUUCACCUUGUACACAAAACUAACUGGGUAUUACUCUGUAGGCUUGUUGGAUUGACGUCAUGUCAUAAAACAGAAAUCCUCCUUUAAUUCACACAUACUAGUAGAAUUUUGGUCUGAAAACUUCAUAUUGCAUUUACUGCAUUUUUUUUUCCCCAAAACUUGUAAGAGGCAAGAAGUCUUGUUUUGAGAUGGUUCAGAAGAUGACAAACGAUUCAUCCAUGGUUUAUCUCUUUGGUUGUUUUUAUGCAUCAUCCCUUGCAUUUUCUAUUGGCAUCUUAGUUUCUACCACCACACACGCACAGACGUGGCAGCAGGGCGAGAGGGGACCAAAAUAAAAAUAUUAAAACAAGCAUAAGACCAUCCUUUCCUUGCCUUUCCUUUGGGACAUCCUUUAGAUAUGAUGGCUUCUUCAGCUGAUCACUGCUGACUCAAAUGUCACUGAGCUUCAAAAGCUAUUUUUUGUGUUGGCUCAUAUUUAUUAUUAUAUUAAAUAUUUAUUGAAUAUAAACUCAAAGCAAUUUUUAUUUUUAGUCACAGGACCAUUUUACAAUAACUGCAUCAUUAUUCGAUCAUUGAUAAAUGAUGACAAUUAAAAUGAAGUUUUUUCUGCUAACAGACAGAUUCUUAAUCGCAUGUAUUUUAAUAUUUUCAAGAUGAAAAUUAAGCCGUAGACAUUAGCACCAUGACAAUAGAUGGGGUUCCCUUUACAGCAAAUAAAAACAUAAAUAAGUCAUCAGACUCAUUAAUUACUCAUUAUACAAAUUAAUUUAUAUGUUGUCUUAAAGUUUUCAGUUAAAAUGUUCCAAAGUGAUGUACGUUAAAAUAUGGAGGGAGAUUGUUUUAUUAUUUGCAUUUGUUUGUGGUGCUUCUCUGCCAUCUACUGGCCAUUGUCAGAAAUUGUCUUAGUCACGUGUAGCUCUGUAUCUUAAAGAGUUCAUGUUCUUACUAUAUAGUUUUCUGAAAUAUUUUAACCAUCGAGACCGUGUUGAAAGUUACAUACGUAAACAUUUUCGGACACUUGAAAUUGUAAUAUUUAUGUUGAAUAUAAAACUUGUUUUAUAUUUUGGAUGAUGUGUGCUCUGCCAGGACCACAGAAAUUUAGAAACUUUAGUAAUUAACUUUAGUUUUUAUACAGAGUGGAUUUGCCUUGUGAUACAGAAUAUGAGUAGAUAUAGAAAUGUUUACAUUUGUUAUCCUAUAAAGGGGUUGAUCAAUAGACUUGCACUGAUUUAGGUUAUUUUCUUGUAAUGUAACAGUUGAUUAAAAAAAGUAAAACAGGAGAAACUUCAGUUAAAAUUAAAAAAAAGUUAAGCCAUGUGUGUUUUUUGAAGAACUUUAAAAAAGGUAAUUGGCCGUCUGCCUCUGUACAAGCGUGAACAUAAGGAAGGGCAUAUGUUUCAUUGUUAGGUUUGAUGAUGUCUGAAAAUGUGUUGAAGAACUUGGGCUGUAGAUACCCUCAACCACCUCCAGCCAGCCUCCACCACCACUAGAAGAUAAAAAAAAAAUUUCUCUUGGAGAUGAAUAAUGUAUCUCUCUCUCUCUCUCUCUCUCUCUCUCUCCUCAGUCUAAUGAGUUUAAGCAGAUCUAACUGAGUCAUUAUAUUACAUUAAUGUUUGUAUUGUUUUUAUUUAUUUAUUUGUAAUGUGACAUGUUUGAUUCAGUCUGGUGAGUUCAUGCAGGUUUAAAAAAUGUUCUGGCAGUAAAUGAAUGUAUUAUUGUCUGUAUUUACUAGUGAAAGUCUCUCAGUCAACAUGCAGCUGAAAAAGCUAACAGAUUUAGCUCUCAGCUCAACCCUUGAUGAAGGCCCCUCCAGGAUCUUUGAGACACUCUUGUUGAAGAGCUGAUUCAGGUUUCCACUGAUGACUCUGUUACAGUUUAUCUCGAGUUCAGUACAGUCACCUGACCUGAUGGUCAGGAAUCACUGUGAUUCAGUCCCUCACAGCUUCUGUGAUGUCUCUAAGAGCUCUUUUGUUGAGACUGGUCCUCUCUGUGAAGUUUCCAUGCAGAGUUUAGUGUUCCUGCUCUGUAGUGGAGGCACCAUAUUGCUUGCACAGUCACUGGAUCAGAAUCAAAAGACAUGUAUGAAUCAGGUUGUGCUCUUGAGGAACAAGCAGCAGCCUAUAAAUGAGUAGCUCAGAAAGAAUGAGGGAUAGAUUUGACAGAGACCAAGACAGGGCCUUACACUACUGUUCGCUUUAAUUCAUCAAGCCUGACAGACACCACAUUGAGAGAUGAGAACACCAAAAUAGAAAUCAGCUCAGGUCUGAUCUACCAUCAGUCUGCGCAGUUGUACUCUUUUUAUUAUUAUUAUUGUACCAAACAAGGUGAGCUUCAUGUCUUGCUCCGAAGAGCAGGCUCCUGUUGUCAGCAGGAAAUGAAAACAGUUGGAGGUUAUUCAGCUGAUCUGCUCUGAGGAGGUAAGAAAGUUUCUCUGUUAUUGAAGCAGAUAGAGGAUGGUAACCAUCUAACUUUACAGUAAAUUAAAACUGCAGAGACUUGAAGCUGCACAGCUGAAGCUUAAAAUUGCAGAGACUAUAAGCUACAGAGCUGAGACUUAAUGCUACAGAGACUUAGAGCUGCAUGCAGAGCUGUGACUUUAAGCUGCAGAGACAUAAAACUGACGAGGCUUGAAGCAACAGAAACUUGAGGCAUCAGAGCUGUGACUUCAGGCUACAGAGACUGAAAGCUACAAAGACUUAAAAAUGCACCCUCAUAACUGCAGGGACGCAAAGUCCCUUUUUUUUUUUUUUUUACUGCUUAAAGUGUUCUCAGUGGUCUUCAAGUUGUGAUUUUGAAGUUUUUAGCCAAAAUCAUGUUACCUGUGUCAUUUUAAGAGCUUUUCUCCUGCAGAGCUCCAGUAGCUCAUCAGCAAUCCGCCUCUGAGUCGUGGGCAGAGACGGCGCUGCUCUGCACACUCCUCUUCAUGCUAGCUUGUAACCUAACAUUGCCGGUGUAGUAGAAGUGGCAGGUAACAUAGGAGCUGUUUAGCUCUCUAACACUAAUGUGUUUAGGGACAUGAUUAAAGUUAAGAUCAUAAUUAGUUUUCGUGCGAGCAUUGCAAUCCGCUAAUGCACACGCUUUUUCCACGAUCGUCUUCUCUACUUCUCUGAGCCUGGCUUGCAUUGUGGGGCUGUGGCGGGUGGCGUUUGGACUCUCACUGAAUCUGAACCUGCUGUUUGGGUCUGCCAGAGAUUGACAGCAAUCUAGAUGCAGAAAUACUCAGAAAUGCAAUUUCACACUUAUUUUUCUCAUGAUAUGUCCUGUUGCAUCAGAAAAAUGCCACAUGAACAUGCGGACAACAAGAAAAACAUGAUUUUCAUCAGAGUAGGUCUUUAAAGAUGCCAACUCCUAAAAACAGAAGAGCUGUGACUUAGCCUCUUUGUAUAACUCUAGUAAUUGUUUGAAGGCUCUAGUAGCAGCCUGGACUUCAGGUGCUGGGUUAAUGUUUCUUUGAAAGGCUCUUGUUGAUUGUUUGUCCUCAUGUUUCCUGUCUCUAACUAAUGUGGGCAUUUUAGGAGGGUUCAUAGAGAGAGGCUGAUUUGACCCCCAUACCAACCCUGCGGCUGGACUUUUCCUUUUUGAGUCCAGGAAACAAUUCUACCACACUAGUGACCUGCUCGUUGGUUUGCUGCCAAACUGUGAAUUUCCUUUCCCACAGCGUUUGUGCGGUUGAACAAUGAACUGCUGCUCUGUGCAGGAACAGCUGCUUUUAGCAUGUAUGCUAGCCCUGCAGGUCAAACUGAUCAUGUUUAUGGUCUGCAGCAGUGCUUACAGUUGAACACUGCAAAGGCUUCAUUUUCAGCAGAUUUAACCUGCAGAGGGGACGUGGACAGUAAUUCACUUCAUUGUAAUAUGAAAUCCACCUCCUCUGCUCUGAAUUCAGGUACUCUCUUUGCUGAUCAUCACACUUUUGUGGGGGAAGUAAAACCAAACAGCAGAUUUUGUUGACAUGGUGUCUGAGAUUUCUCAACUGGUACCAGCGGGUCACACAGAAAAUAACCAGGUCAUGUUCAUGAGUUGAUGUGUUGUCAGUUCUUAUGCUUUAGCAGUGUAAUAUCUGAGCAUUGAAACAUUUUCUUUUCCUUUGGCCUGAGUCCACAAACAAUGUUUUUUGCACUGGCAGCUCUCAGAAUCUGACGUUUGUCCCAUCAGAAUGUUUUUUUUUCUCCUCCAGCUGUCCAAUGAUCAUUGCUCUUUGGGAAUUAAUAACCACAUGCGACUUUGAAUAAUCAAAGUGACUUUGGUAACUCUGAAAAUGACCCAUCUGUGCAGACCCUGGUACUCCUCCUGUGAUCACCCUCUUAAGGGUGUUUGCAGGGCUGAUUUCUGUCCUCUCACCUCUGACAUUCACAUCCUCAGACCCAGCAACAUCUCCUGUAGCUCCUGUACUCUCUCUGUCUGUCCCGUUGGUUUCCUGUCAGUCUGUUUUCAUGUACAAAGAAACUGAUGUUCUGAUGUUUGUGUUUCCUCUGUUUUUCAAUCAGACCAUGUUCAGGUUGACGGCAGUUUGCUGCCUCUACUGACGCCCAGCAACCUGAAGAAGACGAGUCCUCACCUGGCAACAGACGAAUGGCCCAGGGAAGCCACCAGAUUGACAUUCAGGUUUUACACGACCUGCGCCAGAAGUUCCCUGAAGUCCCAGAGGGUGUGGUCUCCCAGUGUGUGUUACAGGUGAGACUGCGUUACAGUUAAUACUGGGCUAUGAGGCGAUUAAUUAGAUAUUAAUUGUGAUUACACUUUUGGGCCCCCCAAUCAUAUUGUGAUGAUAUUGUGCUGCCUUUCUGUGUUGCCCCAAUGUCCUUUACAUCAUUACAGCACUCAAUAUCAUUAAGUGACAUUAAGUGAUAUAGCAGAGUUUGGUCAUUUUCCUGUGCACAGCACCAAAGUUUUUAGAUUCUAUACCUGAAAUGAAGUGUCCUUCUGUCUUUUGGUAGAUAGUGUUAAUUUUUUUUUGGUGAUCUUAAGAUUAUUCUUUAUAUCUGUUCAUCUCUAAACACUAAAACAUACAGGAUCCGUAUUGAGCGCAUUAUGUCAGCGUUGCGUAUCAUGCAUCAUGCCACUCUAAUCAAUGCAGCAUCGCACUUAGGACAGGCAUCAGAUCCUACACAGCUCCGCAUCAGAAUCGUAUCAAGUGCAGCACUGCUAAAGACACACACCGAGUCUAUUUUCUUUGCUCAAUGCUUCCAAAAGGCGUCAAUCUACACAGAGAAGAUCGUUCCAGACAGGAUGUCGUGCACCGCGUAUGUCAUUCGGUAUUUCAAAAUAAAACCAAAUGCGGGCUCCCGACUGUGUAUCAGUUUGUGUAGAUGAGAAAUACUUCCUGGUUAUGGAUUUAUCAGUAAAACAGAACAAUCCGACGGUCAAUACCUGAUCCAUGUGGACCCCAACAGGACUUUUAACUGCUAACUCUGUCUGAAGGUAACAGCACAGCAUAAAGGAACAUAGUUUACUUUAUUAAACACGAGUCAACUUGCAAAAAAUGAAACUUUCAAAUCAUGUUGCUUUUUUACAUACAGUAAAGGUUCAACAGUCACUGAAUUAUAUCCAAAUUAGCAGGAAAUCGACCACAGAAUGGAAAAACAACCUGAUGUGAGCAUGUUGUUUCCUCUAUACUGAGCCCAGUUGACCAGGGCUACACUACGCUGCUGCUACGCUCCAAAUACGCAUCCUGUGGGCGAUGAUGACGGAGCACGCUCAGUACGGAUCCUUUAUUUUUUCAGCUGAGGGCUACCCUUACGGUCGUACUCUGAAUAAUAUAGACUCUGUUUCACACAUGCUGAGGAGAGGCAAAGGUCUUUCACAGCCGUCAGCAAUAUGAUAUUUUUUACCACACACGGAUGAAUGUCACUAACAGUAAACCCUUAGCAUGGUCAAGACAGACUCCGCUUUGAAGCUGUUCAGAUACGAGACACUGCAAACUCUCCCAGAUUCACUUUGAUUCUCUUUUCUCUUUUCAGAACAACAACAACUUGGACGCCUGCUGUGAGUACCUGUCCAAGGUGAGUCCGGGUUACCCGUACACUGAAGAAGGGAACCUCAGCUUUUCUGACGACCCCAGCUACGCUCAGCUGCGUAAUCACAUGACCCAGCUGAACCUGGGCCUGCAGUCUCAGAAUGUGCACGUGGCCCCGGCUCGAGGCAGCGUGAGGAUGAACGGCAGUCGGACUCUCGCACACAGUCUGAGUGACGGGCCCCUGCCGACCAGCCCUGCCCCAGACAGCAACUUCUUCCAGCAGGAGCCGCAGUCAGCUCCUGUGCAGGUGCCUUCCAACCUCAAUGUCUUUGGCGUGAUGGAGCCCACUCGCAGACCCCAGCCUCCACAGCACCUUGGACUGUACCCUCUGGGCAUCAAAGGGCAGGCGCCACGCUUCAACCCCAUCACUGUGACAUUGGCCCCCAACAUCCAGACCGGCCGCAACACCCCAACGUCUUUGCACAUACACGGCGGGCCACAGUCGGGCCACAGCAGCCCUCAGGGGAACUCCAUCUAUAUCAGGCCCUAUGUCAGCCAGUCUGGUACCAGCCGGCAGAACCAGCAGCAGGGUAGCCGGGCCCAGUACAGCCCCACCUCCCAGCCCCAGCAGCAGAUCUACCAGAUCUCACACCCGCCCUGCCUGUCCAGCUCCUGGUCCGGCCCCCAGCAUGCCUCCUCUUCACAUACCUCACAGACCCAGGGUCACCAGACCUCCCACGUUUAUAUGCCCAUCAGCUCCCCUACAAACCCCCAGGCCCCCUCCAUCCUCCCAACUGGAAGCCAAGCCAGCUCCUCUGGCAUCUCCUCCUGUACCUCCUCGUCUUCGGCCUCCUCCAUCAUGCCCUCGGCUUUGUCCGGCAUCAGUCAGUACAACAUCCAGAACAUCUCCACCGGCCCUCGCAAGAACCAGAUUGAGAUCAAACUCGAAUCUCCUCAGAGGAACAACUCCACGACCACAACGGCCACGUUGCGGACCAGCAGUGGGCCCCGCUCCUCCUCCACAUCCUCCUCCUGCCCGUCCUCCUCGACUUCCACCGGAGUGGUCCCAGUCCCCACCACUCCUCUCUCUAUUGGAGGCCCAGGCCUGAGCCGCAGCCAACCCACCGUUUACAUCUCCCCUAGCCCACCCACUGCUGCUACUGCGCCCUCUGAGGAGGCCGCCAUAACCUCAGUCGGCUCCCGUUCCCAGCAAAAGUUUUACAUUUCUGCAAACACCUCUGGAGACGACGGCGGGGGCAGGAACCCUCCCACAGUCUACAUCUCAGCCAACCCUCCCCUGCAGGGGCCCUCGGGGGGCCGAAACACGGGGGCACAGGUCAGCAUGGGCCCUGCCUACAUCCACCACCACCCUCCCAAGUCUCGCUCUUCUGUGGGUGGGGCGAGCACGGCGUUGUCCCCGCGUGUGGUGGUGACUCAGCCAAAUACCAAAUAUACUUUUAAAAUCACAGUGUCCCCCAAUAAGCCCCCCGCCGUGUCCCCUGGAGUGGUGUCCCCCACGUUUGAGCCCAACAAUCUCCUUAGCCUGCCCUCAGACCACCACUACGUGGAGCCAGACCCCCUGCACCUCUCAGACCCGCUGUCCCCACACCACGAGAGGCAAAGCGAGCCCCGCAGGCUCAGUAUGGGCACCGACGAUGCUGCCUACACGCAAGGUGAGUGACCCCAGAACCUAGCUGCACAGGUUCCCCUUACCUACAAGUUUAAAGACCCCCAAACCACACAUGUACAAGUAUUCCCUCUCAACCUGUAAGGUGAGAGACCCCAGAACCACUCUUCCACAGGUAAUCCCCUUUACUUUCAAGGUGUGGGUCCCCAGAACCACAACUGUACAGGUGAGUGACCCCAGUACCACACCUGUAAAGGUAAUGAUCUCUGAACUGACAGGUCCACUCUGCUAACAUGAUGAGUGAGCUGAGAACAUUACCUGUAGAAGUGAUCAUCUCUUUGGUGGUUUUAAGAAAAUAUGGGCAAUGAAAAUGGUUUUGUAGCUACAAUUUUCGUACUACAUAUAGGGCUGGGCGAUAAAACCGAUAACAUGAUCAAUAUGCUUUUUGUUAGUCAGCAUUCUGCCAUGUUUUGUUAGACUAUACAAAUAGCCAAUGAAAAGGGGAGUUGCUCUGGGUUGGCUGAACCAAUCAUGUGCUGAAUUAGAACCAAGUAGCAAACAACUGUGUAGUAGCAGGCUGCAGCUUCACGCAACCAUAGCACUUUAGCACGUGAAGCCGACAGCACUGUCGGUGAGAAAAAAAAAGAAAUGAGUGCUACCCCUCGCAGAAAUGCAGAUGAAGGCUCAACAGAUGAUGACAUUGUCGACGACACUGGCACGAAACAUGGGUGGUGUGGAGGUAUUUUGUUUUUGAGGUCGGACAUGAAGCAGAGUAAUGUGCACUGCAAAUUAUGUUGAGUACAUGUUACAUUUCAUUUAAGAGUAAUAGAGCACAUUUGAGAUUGUUUUUUUCAUAUCGUGAUACAUAUCAAUAUCGACUGAUAUGAAAAAAAUAUAUUGUGAUAAACUUUUUCCCUUAUUGCCCAGCCGUACCUACACAUGUCGGUGAGCACACUUGACCUGUCACACACUUGAAAGCUGUCAAACAAUAUUCUGCUCUGAUCAAACUUAGAUUCCUUUUGAGUCACACAUGCCCACAGGCCGUAAUACUGUCUGGACAGAGGAGGACUGAAGGGAAAGUAGGAAAACCAGAGAAGCAACAUGUGUGGACACUUGAUAUCAUCCUUUAUGGCAACAGUAACAGACAAACCAGCCCCAAUAUGAGUAUCACUUCAUGAUUAAGUGCAGUAGUGAUUCAAAUUUAAAUGAAACUUUUUAAGAGCACCAGAGUUAAAUGACAGAGAAAAUCAUCCUUUAAAGAGACACUGAGGAGUGCCUUGAAACAGACUGCAAACAAACAAAAGCAUGUGAUGAGCUUGGAUAAAGAAAUGUUUGGUGUAAAAAUCAACAACAAAAUACCGUGUUCAACUUUUGUACAAAAGCCUUUAGAUAUAAAGGCUUUCGGAACUUCGGAUGGAUCCAAAGAUGGAUGUGCUCAGACUGGGACCUCUUAGAAGUAGGGUUCGGCAUGGUUUCACUUUUAAUGAUUUCGGUUCUGUUUCUGAAAUUAUGGCUGCCAGUCGGCCAUUGUCACAUACUGUAUUUGACAACAGUAUGCGGAAGGCAGUUUCAAAGUUUUUCACACACAUCGAGGUAAGCAUGCAAGGUUAACCUGAGCAAAAAAGGGUGUAGGUAUGUCCAUUGGUUUUGGACUCACAUCUUGUGGAGUUAAGUACAUUUCCUGCUGCCACUGGAGGGUGCCAUGAUAAAGUUGAAGUAUUGCCAUACAAAUUUGUUUACUACUUGACUUUUCAAUAUGUGUGGUGCAUUUGGAUCAGGUUCAAGUAUGCAUGGCUGAGCUAAAAACUAAUUAUUUUUUAAUGGUGAAACCUAUCUAGCGGUUGACACAAUCAAAAGCUUUCAGCAACUUUAAUCUUCAAAGUGUGGGAGUUGUGAUGCAGGGGAAAGUGAUGGCAGCCCAGGACUUCAGCUCUCAUUCACUUUGGGUUAAUUUCCUUCAUUAAUCCUCAAAAAUGUUUGGAUAUCAAAUUAUAUUACACACAGGUUAAGUGAAACCAAAAUUUGUCUGAAGAAUAUAAAACUUAAUAGACGCCAUGCAACAAAAAAAUUACAAUUAUUCAAACUCAGCUCCACAUGCCAAGAGACGAGGCAGCAACAGUUAGUAAAGACACAGCAACAAGGAAGUCCAUGGAUUGCUUCACAGAGAUGGCUCAGACUAAAACUUCUGGGGGACACUGCAGACCUGAAAGAAAUCUGCCAAACUAUGUGUUUGGUCGAUACAAAGCUAACGUCCCUCAUUAUUUGUAUUACUAAAGUGAAAAAGGGGAGUAAGUAAGCUCAAGGACAAGCAAGCUAGCAAGAAAAUUAAUUUUUUAGUGACCAAAACAGACACACAGUAUGUCUGAUGGACAGGCUGGCUUCAGCUGAAGAUAGUGCUAGAUGCAAUUACCUUUGAUUUGAUGGGAUACUGGAGUGGAGAAAAACGGCAUGAGUGCUUUCUUGAGCAAAUUCAUCUCAGCACCUCCACCUCUGGGCAUUAAUCCUCCUCUAGGUUGAAAUUGACCAUGCACACGGGAUUGGAAUAUGCUGGGCAGGAGACAAGACAAGAACACAAGAAGAAAAGGAGGAUCAGAAAAAAAUGCAUAAUACCUCCUCUUGAAUUUUAUUUGAAGAUUUCGUGCCCACAAACUACGAACAGAGUCCUUAAUGCUUAAUUGAGGUAUAAAUUUACUUACAUGGUUUAUUUACUUUGAAGGUUUUCAGAUUGGGAUUAUGACUUGUUUUUUAUGUGAUUUCAUUCUUUAAUAUCAUGACUUUGUUCUUGUACAUAUGUGACUUUUUUCUUAACUUAUAUCGUCAAUCUUUGAUGUUUGUGAUUUUAUUCUGGUCAAUUUUCAACUAGUACCUUGUUACUUAAAAGUUUUAAUAUCUUGACAUUUGCUCUGAAGUUGAGAUAGAUGGCAAGAAUAUAGUGAUGGCAGUCACUACAUACACCCCCUGUCCCACUGUUGAAUCUGCUCUGGAUUAAAACAUCUUGCCAUAUACUGAACAUAAUACAUACUGUUACACCUUUCAAACUUGGAAAAACUUAAAGGGAUAUUCUGGCGUAAAAUUAAGUUAGGGUCAAACACACCAUAACACAGAGUUAGACACCCCCUCCAGAGGUGAAUGUGGCUGACUGUUUGCUUCUCUAGUUAAACCAACUUUAGUAACAACCGCAUGAUAGUAAUACACAGCGGCCUACGUCUCCACAGCCACUCUAUAGCCACAAAUAAUGCUCAGAACAGCACCUAACUUCAUCAACAGUACAUAUAGGGUCCCAGCAUUAGUACUAGCCAUCGAACAUCUUUUUAGCUUUGCCUAAUUUCUUUAGCAAAGAGACCAAACACAACUCACCUACUCUCCUCCAGCAGCCGCUUGGUUGUGGGGGAGCCCUGACGAGUCGAUCACCGAGUGCAGCGGAGUUUCGCAGGUCAAGGAAGAACAUUUGUGAUCAUUACUUCAUGGAAAUGCGAUCAGACUAAGACGCUAAGGCAGAAGAACUGCAGUGCAAACUGAUUCAUAUGAUGAUUGUUAAUUUUACGCCGGAAUAUCCCUUUAAACCUGGAACCACCAGCAUCAUUUUUAUAUGUACUGAACUUGCCCUGUAAAUAUUGUGUGUUAGUGCUCACUGUUUCUGCAAGCUAAGCUGGGUUAAGCUUCUUCAGUAACUGGUACAGAUGUGGAUGUCAACCUGUAAAGAGGACUGAGGGCUUGUGUAGCAGCUCUGACUGUAACGACACUCAUCAAACCUUUUUGAUAUUAUGUACCUGCAGACUGUUCUGUCAGAUAGUUGUCAGAACUCAAACUGACCUGCAUCAUCUUCAGAAACUGCUAACUCAGUCCAGCCAGGGCAACUUUAGUCGAAGAUCAUUGCUAUUUCAUGCAGUAAGUCAUAUUUGGUGGUAUGUCUCUGUUCUGAGAGCUUCCUUCCCCUACACAUGCGUAUUUGAAACUUUUAUGUGAUGCUGUCCUCUCUCUCAUUGUACAGUUCUUUAAAUCCCCAAAAGCACGAGGCUUAUAGAAAGUGCUGAGUUGAUCCAGAGCUGCUGUUUCCAUACAACAACAACAGGCACCAGCUCAGCCUCAUUUGAAGCCAGAACGCCUCCAUCCUCAGAUGUUCUCAGUAACAUCAUGUUUUUGUCUUCAGAUAUUUACAGGGAGAUGAUGACGGCUCUAUAGGUUGAGCCGUCAUCCAGUGUGCUGGGUUUUUCACUGUGAGUCGUAAAGACGGGGUGGGUCAUGGGAGGUGUUGAAACCUGUCAAGAGAUACAGGAGUGAUGUUGAAUUAUGAGAAACACGCUGCAGCAGGUCCUGUGCUCAGUGUUAGCCUGCAGCACGUUCCUUAUGGGAUUAUUCUGCUGUUUGUGUCAACAGAUACAUGCAGCACAGAGAGCAGGAUGUCCGAUUUAAACAUGCAGCGAUGAAGAUUAAACUGGUUUGACUAGUGUCUGCAGAGACUAGUUAGUGUCAGAGCCAAAAAUCACUCCCCUGAUUUUAUUUCCGUGUUUGAAGGUUAUUCAUUUACUUUCUUUCUCUUUGUUUGUGUGUUUGUGCUGUGUCCAGCACUGUUGGUCCAUCAGAAGGCCCGCAUGGACCGGCUGUGGCAUGAGCUGGAGCUAAAAAAGAAGAAGCUGGAGAAGCUAAAAGAGGAAGUGAAUGAGAUGGAGAACGACCUGACGAGGAGACGGCUGGAGAGAUCUAGUUCUGUCUCCCAGAUCCCCUCAGUGAGUUAUACACAGGAAGACAAAUGCACACAUUUAUUAUCAUUAUUAUACCAAUAUGUUACCAUCUACUUCAUUCAUGGUCAUAUGUCAGAGUGGGUUUGACUCAUAACAUACAGAUGUGUUAUUAACCAUUACAGUUACUGACAAUCAUUUAUAACAUAUAAACAGUCAGGUAAGCUUCAUUUAUAAGAUAUUACAGUCAGAUUCACUGAUGAGUUGAUAUGUUGCUGUGAACUUCAUUUCUAAAGUAUUAUUCUGUUACAGUGAAGACAAUGCAGUCAUUUGAAACAUGUAUUUAUCGCCAUGAAGUCUCUUUUUCAUGUUAAAGCUGAACAGGUCAAGCUUAUGAAAGCUCAAGUCUUAAUGGUCUCUGUAUGUGGGGCGCUUAAACCACCCAGCCUCUGUUAUCCCCUGCUCCAUUAUCAUUUGAUGUUUUUUAGCUGAAGGAGGCUAAAUUAUCUUCUGAAACAGAGAGGUCACAUAAAUAAUGUUUUGAUUCAUCACUUUAUCACUGACACACUGACAGCACUAGUUUGUAUUAGGGGUGGGAGAAAAAAUCGAUACAGCAUAGUAUUGUGAUAUUUUGUCUGGUGAUAUAUCAUAUCGUCUCAUUUACCAAGUGUCGAUUUUUUCAUAUUAACUGUUACUAUGAAGUCAAAUCUAUGAUAAUGGAAAAUUAAAAUCAACUGUUUGUCCAGUGAGGUUGGUAGAGGUGACAUCAUAGAGCAGGAGAAAGUUACUAAAACAAAUAUAGCAGCACCUGAGGAAAGUCAAGUCAAUAUUUAUUUAUAAAGCACCUUUAAAAGACAGCAGUCAAACAAAGUGCUGUACAUGGAUAAAUAAAAGAAGUAAAUAAAUAGAUGGAUAAUAAAAAAUCAAAUUAAAACAGUAUAAUAAAAUACAGACAGUAAAAGAAUAAAAGCUACAGUGUCUCUGAUUCCUGUGUGCUCAUUUAUCAAAAGCAAGGGAGAAAAGGUGGGUCUUUAAAGAUGAUUUAAAAGACUCUAAGGUCUGAGAGGCUCUAAUAUGGCCAGGUAAACUGUUCCACAGUCUAGGGGCAACCGCUGAAAAGGCCCUGUCACCUCUCGACUUGAGUCUGGUUUUCUCUAGACUUGAGUCUGUUCAGCAGUAACUGGUCAGAGGACCUUAAGGCUCUGGCUGGGGAGUGGUGAUACAGGAGCUUGGACAGGUAAGGAGGGACAAGACCAUUGAGGGCUUUAAAAACGAUUAAAAGAAUUUUAAAAUCAACGCGGAAACAGACUGGGAGCUUAUGAAGGGUCACUAAAAUAGGUGUUACGUGGUCGUGCUCUUUCUUGCCAGAGAGGAGUCGAGCAGCAGCGGAGGAAAGACAUUAGGAAUGCAAACAGGGCACAAAUGAGAUGGACCUGACAUAUUAGGCUUGCAAGACAUCAUGUGCUACAUGAAAAUAAAAUACAGCAUAAGUAAGAGAAACAUAAAGGAAAGACAAAUGCUAAAUUAGCUUAACAGUUAAAAAAAAUGUACAAAUCACAAUAUAUUGUAUCGCAAUACUCACUUUAUUGCAAAAUGUGAAAAACCACAAUAAUAUUGUAUCGUAGCCCAAGCAUUGUGAUAAUACCGUGUCAUGGGGCCACAAGUGAUUCCCACUCCGAGUUUGUAUAAUGGUUUUAUGUUCAUCUUUAUCAGAUUUUCUGUCUUGUAGACUGACUGUUGUCUGUCUGUUUCUUUUAGAUCGAGGAGAUGAAGCAGUUACGUUGUAAAAACAGGUUGCUGCAGAUCGACAUUGACUGCCUCACCAAGGAGAUCGAUCUCAUCCAGACCCGAGGUAGGACUGUCUGAUAUUCAAUACAGUCUGUUAUCACAGUUCUCUGUGCUGGCUGAUAUUGUGAAACACAGUUUAUAUCCAUGCAAGUCUGGGGGUCAGAUCUGAUACAGGGUUAAUCCAGCUCACAUCCUGUCAGUCGGCUGCUGACAUUGUGCCGUUAACAAUCACUCCUUCCUGAAUGACAUCCUGCUGCUGGUUAAUAACAGGCUUUUAUGGCCCUCCUGGCAGCUUGUUGUGUUCAAAGGAUUCUCAGAUGGCCAGUUCACUUAGUGUGCCUCAAACUGCAGGCAUGUACAGGUUUUAACUAAGAGUAAAACCUGUAGAUAAACUGUUCAUAAUGAGCUCAGUUCAGGCUUCAUAUUUAAAUACAGUGUCAGGGGGGCGGGAGUGCCCCCAACAGAUUUCCUCUGUUUUUUUUUUUGCACACUUAGAUGUUUCAGAUCAUCAAACAGAUCUGAAUAUUAGACAGAUAUAUACAAAAUUCCAUUUUCUAAGGAUACAAUACAAAAACUAUUGAUCCUCAAGGAAAAUAUAUGUUUGUCUGGAAUCUCAUCUCAUCUACUAUUUAUAAGUCAAAGUAAAAAAGGAUGUGAGAUGAAGAAUAGACAAAUGAAUUAUGAUUACUUGGCUUGUUUGUAAGUAUGUCCACAAUAAACGUUAUACAAUAUGUAUAUAUACAUAUAUAUUCAGGUCAACCCAGGAUGGGGGUUUAGGUCUUCUAAUAUUUAAAGAUCACUAUUGGGCUGCCAAUGCCAGGGCAAUGGCAUUCUGGCAAUGGGAAUCUCCAGACCAUGCAUCACUAAACUCUGCCCCCCUGUGGUUAAAAUGAGAACUUUCAUCCCUGAUACAACCAUGUACUCUAUGUCAUCAUCCUCCUUACUCUGUCCCAACCUUUCACCAGUCAAAGUCCUGUUGUCUGAACCAAAUUAAGAAAAAGUCAUCUCAAGACACACACCAGUCUGCCAUAACCAGAACCAUGGACAAUAACUUUGCUUUGUGGUGUGAGAAACGAUCAAAGUGUGUAGGAGGUUUCUAUUUGGACAACAUGUCUGCAUCCUUUGUGCAACUUAGUUUAGAGUACAAUCGACCUCAUUCACAUUUAUUUUACUAUGUGCAACUUCUGCAACUGGUGAAAGAAAACACACCUAACUUUGAGUCAACCUGUGAGAGACACCCUCUGAUGGAAUUUUUCUCUCUUUCACCAGAGAGUUAGAAGAAAACUUAUCACUAAAUUUGUGAAAUAUUUCUUUGAGGAUUCAGCUAAUUGUGAUAAGAAGUUGUAGGAAAGAGAUUAAUGCUGUGUUGUCUGAUAAAAGAUGGAGGACGGCACUGUCCUGUAUUCAUAGUUUUUCAGUCAAUUGUAGACACAGGUUAAUUCAGUUCUAUUAGGUCAUAAAUGUCAUUCAAAAGGUGGUACUUUACUGCGUUUAUUGUGGGAUUGUCCAUUAUUUUAUCAGUUCUGGAUGAGAAGUUUUUCUUUUUCUCUGGGAUGUAUCAGAGGUUUCUCUCACUCUCCUGACAGAAACUUGUCUCUCUUUGGAGCUUCAGAGGACACUCUCCUGCUCCCUUAACACAGCCAAACAGCUCUUUUCAUGGGCAUGGUUGUAGAAAAGAAGAUUUUGAAAGAAUAGGAAGAAUCAUGGGGUCCCUUCUUGAAGCAUUUGUUUCCUGUCUUUAUUUUUUUAUUUUAUUUAUCCACGGGAUUUGGGGGUUGUGGGCUUUUUCUGUUGUUUUUUAUUGUGUCAUUAUAAAAAAGGUUAAUGAAAACAUUUUAAUACUGAAAAAAAAAAGAUCAGUGCUGCUUAAAAACCAACAGUAGCAGAUUGAAUUGUUCCUAAUGUCAUCAGCCAUGAACUAUGAGAUAGAAGUCUUUAAUUCUUCAAUUUCCACAAGCAACAUUUUGUCAAUUUGUAUGUUACAGGCUUGAAAUAAAGCUGUCAAUAAAUCUUAAAUCAACCCUUUUCUGAAGUCUAACUGGUAUAAAGCUUGUGCUUUACUGGUGCGGUCAGAUUUGCUGUGAGAUUUUUUUAGUGUGUUAUAUUUAAAAAGUGAAUCAUUGUAAUGUCUGUCAUUUACAGGACCACACUUUAAUCCCAGCGCCAUUCAUAAUUUUUAUGACAACAUUGGAUUCCUUGGUCCUGUCCCUCCCAAACCCAAAGGUAUUUUAUCCGUAAUCAAGUUUGAAAGAUCUAACCUGCAAUAUUUCUAAACCUGUUCAAACUCCCAGACUAACCUGCCUGCAGCUUUUAUAGACCAGUUCAUAACUCACACUAACAUGUACUGUCCUUAUGAACAGGUGGUCACCUGCCUACAGUGUGGGAGUAUAUAUAAACCAUUUAAUAUCUGAUAGACAGACUAACCUCACUACAGGCUUUCAAACUUGUAAAUGACUUUCAGACUACAUCCCUGAAAAGCUCUUCAUGAUUCAAAUGCCAACCUGUCCACAGCUUUCAUAUACCUGUUAACACAUUACAAAUUGACGCCCCUACAGCAUCCAGAAACCUGUCAGUGACUUAGAAACUAUCCUGCUUUCAACUUCUUUAUAACCUGUUUAUAACUCACAGACGAACCUGUCCUACAGACUUUAUAAACCUGUUCAGAACUCACAGACUAAUCUGCUAACAGCCUUCAAAUUACUUCCACAAUUUUGAAAGGGCCACAGGGGCUCGUGCCGGGGUGUGUACAUUAAGAUGAGACUCUUCAGAGAUUUCAAAUAAUCAUUACUCGUAGCAUUAUGAUAUUAUAUACAAGGGGGACACCUACAACAAACCGGAACGGCUACUAAAAGGCCGUAUUCACUGAUCGUAGCUGAUCGUAACCAUUCAAGUUAAUGUGUCAAUUUCCACCGGAUUCUUUCCGUUCAGCUGCAGAUCACCGGACUCAACAGCUGAUUCCAAGGUUUUGUUUUGUUUUUUCGGGACGCCGGAGCAUGCCAGAUAAAUUCAGCACAGAUUAACCUGUGCUGGAAAGGAAGUUGAGCACAGACACAAAAUAAGACAUCCGGCUUCUUUUCAAAAUAAAACACUACGUGUUUCAGGCAGAUCAUAUUCCACACCAUGCAAAGGAUCGGGACCAACAAGUUUUUUGACAGCAUUUCACCCUGUUUACACCAUGGAUGAGGAGAUGCAGAUUCUAAAAGUCUAGAAGUAGAUUUCCUCCUCUGGAAGGACACAAUCUACUGCAUAUAUAGUUAUGUGGCCAUAGAGACAACUCGUUACUGCACGUUAAUCCGCGGAUUCCUGUGAGUUCUCACGAUUCCCGCUGUCCGUAAUCCACCACAAAAUUCGCCUCACAAACAGAUCUGGUAGGAAUUGGCUGACGGCGAAAAUCGCAUCUGGAUUGGAGCCGUUCAGGAUGCGGUGGAAAUUCAGGGUUACUGUCCUGCUGUUUAAUCCCACACUCAUCAUUUGUAAAAUUUAUUGUCUCCUAUUGUCUCCUUAUUUUCCAUUCUCUGCUCUUCGUGCUCCGUUUACUCAUCCAUCCCUCCACUUUCUUUAUGUUAUCCUUCUAUCCCUUGAUUUCUCUCUCUCCCUCCUUUUAUUCUAUCCCUCUAUCUGUUUAUUUCAUCAUCCAUCACUCUGCAUUCAGACAGAUGUUAUGAAACUGUUUCUGGGUUCUUCUGUCAGUUUGUUAAACCCGUCUUACCUCAUGUUGAGUCUGCAGGAGGGUGGACUUCAACUUCAUGUAAGAAUGAUUUGCACAUAUUCCCCACAGUGACCUCUUUUCUCCCCCCUUCCACAGAUGUGGGCAGUAAGGUAGUGAAGCCUGGCGCUGCUGACCUUGAAGAGGAUGAGGGGACGCAGUGGAGCUGCACGGCGUGCACCUUCCUCAACCAUCCAGCCCUGAACCGUUGUGAACAGUGCGAGUUCCCGCGGCACUUCUGACCAACCAGGCUGCAGGGCUCUGCUCCCUCCCUGCCCUCCACAUCCUAUCAGAGAGCUUCCUCUCUGCUUUUCACUCUGGUGUCUGAACUGAAAGAGGGGAGUGGUCUUCUCACAUCCUACUUCCUGUUUCCUGUCUUUUCUUCUCCACCUCUCUGGGCUGUAGAUGGCAUCCACUGAAGGCUCGGCAGUUGAUACCUCACCUCAGAGUGGCAGAGGCGUGGGGUCACCUUCCUCUUUGUGUUUGCUGGACGAGUGACCUUUGACCCCGGUGAUACCUCACUGUUCCCGCUGCAGUAUUACAAGUGUGGCCUCGCAGUGUGACAGCACACAUGCACACGCAUACACACAUACACACAUACACACAUACACACACAUACACACACACACACACACACACAGGUGCUGCUGUACCUGUGGCUGGUCUGAUGUUGAUGUUUUUCUUCUGGUGUGGCAGCGUGGUGUUGGAUUCAGGAAGAGUGCCAGGCCACCACUCUGCGUCUGAUGGGAACUCUCAGACUGGCAUGGACUCUGUUUGUUUGCUGUUUCACAAAACACCAACGAGAAGAAGCGGUGUUUCUCCUCCCCCUUCCUGAACGCAGGUUCAUGAAUCAAGUUGCAUGCUUUGUGUCUAGAACAUGGGGGUGGAGCUUAACCUGUACAUAAUGUUAGUAUGAGCCCUGAAGCCUUUCCUCACUCUAUGAAUCACCUGUAUUUCUGUAAGUAUAGCUUCAUAGAUUGUAUUCACCUCUGUCUUUAGUUUUUCUGUGUAAACCACACAGUUCCCUCAUCCUUUCUGAGCUCUUUACUCCAUGACAAUGAGAGUCUGAGCGGAGCACCAGAUAGGGAAAGGUCCUCAAAUCAAGCUACUGCAUGGUGCUUUAAGGCAUGGUGCAUUCAAGGAAAUGUGCUGUCGUGGCACAAUGCACUGAAGGCACGGUGCAUUUAAGUCACGGUGCGUUCAAGCCAUGGUGAGUUCAUGGCACUGUACGUUCAUGACACGCGUGCUCAUGGAAUGGUGCUUUACGGCACACCGCAUUCAAGGCAUCAUGAUUUUUAGGCACAGUGCGCUGAAGCCUCUGUGCAUUCAAGCCCACGGUGCGUUCAUGGCAUAGCGUGCUUGUAACAUGGUGCUUUAAGGCACAGUCCAUUUAACACCAUAAUUUGACGGCACGGUGAGCUCAAGGCGCAGUAUAUUCAAGCCACGGUGCAUUCAAGCCACUGGGAGCUUCAUGGCACGAUGCAUUUAUGGCACGGUCUAUUCAAGGCACGGCGGCUCAAAGCACAGUGCGUUUAGGGCACAAUGCACUCAGGGGAUGGUGCAUUCAAGGCACAGUGAAUUCAUGGCACUCUGCAUUUAAGGCAUGCUGCGUACAAGGCUUCAGGAACGCUGUUUUUGUGUACAACCUGCAGAGUCAGCAAGGAAACGAGUGAGGGGAAAAGGUGUGUCAGGACACCACAGGAACAGUUGAUAAAGAGAAAUCACAGACUGCCAUGUUUUCUGACAACUGGAAUGUAGGUUUGAUGUUUGAGGACACUCCCUCUUGGAGACAAUCACUAUGAUUCUGCAAAUCACUCGCGCUGAUUCCUAACGUGAGGUACCAAAGAUGAAACGUAUACAUGCUCUAAACUGUUACAGCACUAUAAACAGAUAAAAAAAAAACAGGUUACAGCCAAUCAAAGCACGGCCUGUCUGUUCUCCUGGUGUUUUUGGAUUUGGCUGGAGGUUCAUUGUCCCCAGCUUUACUCUGUAAUGGUGUUUCUAACGUUUACUUCUCUUUCUUAACUGUGGACAAGUUCCUAUCUUUUUUUUCCACAUUGUGAAACACUGCCAUGCAUCAGUGCCUUAAACUAAGACUGAAUUUGUAUUGAUGACCUCCUCUGUCACAUCCAAGUGCCAUUUUAAAGCCAAAUUUAACUGUAGUUUAAACUUAUUUUAAAAUCUAUGAUAUUGUCUCUUAAGCACUUAUGCCAAACUUUUUCCUUUUUUCAAACCCAAAGAUAAGUUUUCUUUCUUUUUUCAGUUUGAUCUGCACCUUGGUGUGAAGAGGCAGUUUAUUCAUGUUUUGUUAAAGGAAAAAAAAUGGAUCUUAAAGUGUUUUUUUUUUUUUUUUUUUUUUUUGAUUUUAGCUGGGAAAACUGUCUUUGUAACAGAUAAAUUAUUUGUAAAAAUAAUUAAAAAAAAUAUUCAGAGUUGGCUUAUUUCUUUGAUUCUUUCGAAAGUCAAUGUGUGCACUGAUUAUGUUUUCUCCCCAAACAGCA